CGACGAUGGGGAACACUACCUCGUGCUGCGUGUCUUCCAGCCCCAAGCUCCGGAGGAAUGCACACUCCCGGCUGGAGUCCUACCGGCCGGACGCGGACCUGAGCCGCGAGGACACAGGCUGCAACCUGCAGCACAUCAGCGACCGGGAGAACAUCGACGAUUUGAACAUGGAAUUCAAUCCUUCAGACCAUCCUCGGGCCAGCACAAUAUUCCUCAGUAAAUCUCAGACGGACGUGAGAGAAAAACGCAAGAGUCUCUUCAUUAACCAUCAUCCUCCAGGACAAAUAGCAAGGAAAUACAGCUCCUGCUCCACGAUUUUCCUAGAUGAUAGCACAGUCAGUCAACCAAACCUCAAGUAUACAAUUAAAUGUGUAGCUCUCGCAAUAUAUUACCACAUCAAAAACAGGGACCCAGAUGGAAGGAUGCUCUUAGAUAUUUUUGAUGAAAACCUUCAUCCUCUUUCGAAAUCCGAAGUGCCACCAGAUUAUGACAAACACAACCCAGAGCAGAAGCAGAUUUACCGGUUUGUUCGGACACUGUUCAGUGCUGCUCAGCUGACAGCUGAAUGUGCCAUUGUCACUCUGGUAUACCUUGAAAGACUUCUAACAUAUGCAGAGAUAGAUAUCUGUCCAGCCAACUGGAAGCGAAUUGUCCUUGGGGCUAUUCUGCUGGCCUCCAAGGUAUGGGAUGACCAGGCUGUGUGGAAUGUGGAUUACUGCCAGAUCCUGAAAGACAUCACCGUGGAGGAUAUGAAUGAGCUAGAGCGACAGUUUCUUGAAUUGCUCCAGUUCAACAUCAAUGUUCCUUCCAGUGUUUAUGCCAAGUAUUAUUUUGAUCUUCGUUCUCUGGCAGAAGCAAAUAACCUGAGCUUUCCUUUGGAACCUCUGAGCAGGGAGAGGGCUCACAAGCUUGAGGCCAUCUCUCGCCUCUGUGAGGACAAAUACAAGGACCUAAGGAGACCUGCAAGGAAGCGAUCAGCCAGUGCUGACAAUCUGACUGUGCCGAGGUGGUCCCCAGCUAUCAUCUCCUAACUGUGGGCGUCCACACUGGGAGCUGUACUAUCCCUCAGUUUCUCCUUUAGUUUAAGAAAAGACAGACUUGGGAUGGUUUUGUUUUUGUUUCUUUCCUUUUUAAAUUCAUAGUUCCAUCACGCUGCCUUGAUUACUUACUGCCUUCAUGCUUUGUGGCCCACAUGCAGCAAGGCUUUGAGGGAAGCAAAAUCAGUAUUCUGGAAAUCCUGUUUCACAACUUACCCUGUCAUCAUUAACAGCACUUUCUUCAUGGAGGAAAAAGACUCUAAUCCUGGAGGAGGAAGUAAAAGGGAAAGGGAAGUUGUGUAGAGGUAGGAAAAAUGGUUAAAUUCCAUGGCCGUUUCUUAAGUCCCCUAUCUGGUCAGUAGGUGAAUACAUGGGAAAACACAGCAGUAGGUAACACAGUUAGAUGUGCAUUAAAGACAAGAGUACUGCCUUUAUCACCUCUGUCUGGAUCAGUGUGUUCUGUAAGACUUCUUCCAUUCCUUCUAGCUGCUUUUUUGGGAUUUGGGGGUUUUUUGUUGGUUUUUAUUCUGUUUUGGUUUUGGCCCCACACAACAGAGAAUAUAGUUUGUACCAUGGCACAGACGUCCAAAUAAAUAGUACUGUUUGUUUCUUCCACACCCUUCCUGCGAGCUGUCUCCUGAGCUUUCUUCCUCACAAGUGGGACACACUUUUUACACUUCUCUACAACUUUGUACAUUUUUUCUUCAACAAUGUCAAAAUUAACUUGACUAUAAUGCUGAACCAAAAGUAUCUCUCUCUUUCCCUCUUUAUUCCUCACCCUACCCCCCAGAAAAUUCUAGAUAAUAUGGGUGCUUGUGCCUUCUGAUUUUGAUGCAGUUUUUUUUUCUGACCUGAUGUCAGAGUUACAAAUCAGUCAGACCUUGUGGGCCAAGGAAACAAUGUGCAGUAGAGGGUGUCCUCAGUUGAGAUUUUUUUCCAGAAUUGCUAAGUGUUUGCCUGAAGUUACUAGGUAGGAGUCACUUCCUUAUACUCCCUGCCCAGUUCAUUCCUGUACUUCCACAUCCAUUGUUGCAAGCAAUAUUCUUAUCAAUUUGUAUAUGUCUACUUUAAAUCAAAGUUAGUCUAUUUGUAUAAAUGUUUUUAAAAAUCUAAAAUUAAAAAAUGGGGUGGGAGUAGUUCAGUGGGAAGAUCAUUGAAGAGCAAAAUGAUACUAUUUACUGAGGUAUUUUUCACAGAACGAUUGAAUAAAAAAAUCUUACAUAUUCAUUGUGGGUGCUUAGAGAAGUUAUACAGAAGUCAAACUGUGAAGGAUUAUGCUUCAUUCAUCAUGACCAUACUUUACUGUUUUCUGACUAUCCCUAAUUUCCUUAUGGGCUAGAUAAGAAUCUUUUGUAUCAAGUAAAAUAAAAGGGUUAACGAUCAAAUAAUCAAAGAGUAAAUUUGGUAUUAAGUGUAAGAAUCCGAGUCAAUGAAGCAUGUAAUGCUUUGAGUUUUUGCAUAUUUUCUCGGGUCACAAUGACAGAGGUUCUAAUUUCUUUCAUUUUUCAAGUCUCUGUGAGGCACAUAGCAGCCAACACUCUUGUGUUCCUCCUGCAUGAGCUUGGAAAACUGUGGAAUCUGUUAUUAGUCUUGAAUACCCUUUGGAAAUGGAAGGGAUUCAGAAAGUUGAAAUCCUAAGAAUGCCAAGCUGAAAGUCCUAGUCAGGUUUCCAUGAAAUUUGUGUCAUGUGCAAACACAAUCAGGCCAGAAAUAUUAAGUUCUUUCAGACCUAACUUUCAAAAGCAAGCAAGUAGAAAAGGAAAAGUUAAUUAUUUUUCCAUUGUAAUUGUGUUGAUAUACUCUCUAUGGGUACCAAAAUCAGCAUCUCUCUUUAAGAAAGAGUUGGAUUUAGAACUUUAGAGCUCUAAAACUGUAGAAAAUAUCAUUUUAUAUUCCCUAUUCUAUAGAGCUUAAAAAAGGGACAUAUUUUCUUAGCUGAAUAUGAAUACCUCUUAAGCAUAAAUUAGUUCCUCUCAUGUAAAGUAUCUUAUUUUACCGAUCCAUUCAGGAAAGAGGUUCUGCUGCCUUUAAAGCAGAAAUCUUAUUUUUAUCCCUUUUAUUUGAAUGAGAGAGAUUUGAAAAUUGAAUUAUGUAAAUAUUUCAAUGCAUCUGCUAUUAUUUUGUGGAGUUUAUUAAACUACUUUAAAAAUUGUAUAGUCUAUAUAUUGUAUGUACAUAUAGUCUGAUAACUUAAAAUUUAAAGUGAAUCCCAUAAAACCUGGCUCAGUCUUUGUUCAGACUAUUGAAUAUUGUUUUAGCCUUGUGCACUGGACUCUACCUCUGUAUAGGAAAAUUUUCCAUAUUCAUUAAGUAUUGAUGUGUAUUAAUUGGUUGUUUCUUGCACUAAGGAUUUUUUAAAACUCUUGCUAUAAGUGUAGAUUUUACUUUUGCAGUAUGAGUUAUUAGACACAUAGGUAGAUACUUCAGGUUUGUUUUAUUUUUCUACAUGAUGAUGAAGACAACAUUUUGUUCUCUGGUUUGUUCUAAGUUUGCCAAAAAAAAAAUACACCAAAAACAAAACCCAACAACAGUAGAAAUACAGUACCUAUUGAUAAAUUGUAGUGACUGUAAUUUGUUUGCUAGAUGAUUCAAUCCCCUACAAUUAAAGCUGGAUUACUCUUUAGGAA